AUGGGUUCGCUCGCUAGCUUCCUCUUCGUUUACGCCCUCGGUGGAAUCACCUUCAUUCCACUAGUAUUGUCCUCAAUCAUCCUCUACGCCUACCUGACUCUUCCAUCUGCACCGCAACCGCUGCAAUCAUGCGAGAAAGCGCUCGAUCCCGUCCGCCAACCUACCGAUGACGACUUUAGUCUCAAGUCCGGCACCGACCAGCUGGCAGAGAAAUUCCAUCGCACCCACGAGUCUGAUGUCGCUGCUGGAUACUUUGCUGUCUGUCGUGAAUAUGUUCCCGGUGGUGUGAAUGGGAAACCCCCCGAGAGAACGACCCCCGCGGGGGAAGUCGUUGCAGCCGAAAGCCCUAGCGUGUACCAGACUAUGUACCGGAGUCUAUUCGAUCGAAAGCAGGCACCUAGCAUCGAUCCGGCGAAGGCGAAUGGAAAGACCACGAAGCGGGCGCGGAAUGUCUUUUACAUUGUUCUCCGACAUGGCCACUUGAUGCUUUACGAUGACGUAAAUCAGGUCGAGGUGCGGUAUGUCAUUUCGCUUGCUCACCACGAUGUGACCAUUUCCGCCGGAGAAGGUGAUAUCCCAGAAGGAGAGCUGUGGCUCAAAAGAAAUGCCAUAUGCCUCUCUCGGCGACUGGCUUCGCUCGGAGAUCUAGGAGGGCCAACUCCGCCGUUUUAUCUCUUCUCUGAAAACCUGUCUGAGAAGGAGGAUUUCUAUAUCGCCAUGCUGCAGAACCAAAACCGGCUGUGGGACUCGCCUGAUCGCCCGCCCAAGCACCAAGAGUUUGAUACAAAGCAUAUUGUCACAUUAGUUCAGCGCCUGCAUUCCUCUGAAGAGCAGCUGCAGACACGUUGGAUCAAUGCUUUCCUUGGAAGGUGGUUCCUAGCUAUGUACCGGACACCUGAGUUGGAGGAAAUCGUGCGGAGUAAGAUCGUCAAAAAGAUCUCUCGUGCCAACAAGCCUAAUUUUAUUAGCAAGAUCGGCUUGCAGAGAAUUGACAUGGGCGAAGGGGCUCCAUUUAUCACCAACCCAAGACUGAAGGACUUGACGGUGGACGGUAAUUGCUGUGUGGAGGCCGAUAUCCAAUACACUGGAAAUUUCCGGGUCGAGAUCUCGGCGACUGUCCGCAUUGACUUGGGUCCUCGGUUCAAGGCUAGAGAGGUCGAUAUUGUCCUUGCCGUUGUGUUGAAGAAACUUGAAGGCCAUUUGUUGGUACGCUUCAAGCCCCCACCCAGCAAUCGCAUCUGGAUGUCUUUCGAAACCACGCCGAAGAUGGAAAUGGACAUCCAACCCAUUGUCAGCUCCAAACAAAUCACAUACAGCCUCAUCCUGCGCACAAUCGAGAGUAAGAUCCGCGAAGCAGUGGCAGAGAGCAUUGUUCUGCCUUUCUGGGACGAUGUUCCCUUCCAUAAUUCCCUCGGCCAAGCUUUCCGCGGUGGUAUCUGGCAGCAAGACACUCCAGAGUCAAGUGCUCAGGUAGAGAUACCGGAGAUACCCGAUGAAUCUGGCGAAGCUCCCCCGACCCCGAAGAGUAUUGCUAGUGAUUCCAUUGAGGUCCUCAAGUCCAAGGACGAUCGCACGAUGAGCAUGCCUGUUCUUUCCGAGUCCGGAACGGCGAAGAAAAAGUCGCGCAAAGGGCUGAAAUCUUCCCUAUCGGAUCACCAAUCGAACAGUUCCACUGCAACUUCCACUGGUGUCGAGAGAUCGGAAAUCACACCGCUGCCUCGAGCUAUUCGGUCACAGACCUUCUCUCAUGCUGCAGACCCGAUAGUUACAGCAGACAAUGCCAAAGUUGACAAGCCUGUUUCAGAGAACAAAGGCGAAGAAAGGAGUCAUGCAACAAACGCCAUGAUAGAGAUAUCAAGCCGGUCCCCGCCUGCAUCCCCGCAGCGAACUCCAGGCACCUCGCCACCUACAGGUGGUCUUAUGAUGCCAGAAAAUGCGGUCCAUAGCCGCGAGUCGUUGGUUGCGGAUUCUAUUGACAGCGCUAGCUUUUCUCAUGAAAGUGUUAUUCAACGACCUUCUUCUACUCGCAUGGAGAGCGGGACCUUCUCCAGCUUGAGAAACUCUCGAGGUAGUUCCGCUACAUCUGUCGUCAGCGACACAGCUCCACGACGCAGCACAAUUGAAACCCUCACCAAAUCCUUUACAUCUUCCGAUGACAAGUCUUCCGGUCCAAUGACUCUUGGGCAAGCCACUGCCGCAGCCAAGAAAUGGAGCUGGAGCGUGUUUGGUAAAGGUGACCCAAAUAACAGUCCAGAAUCGCCGCGGGCUCCUUCAGGCACGCUUAACCAACCGAUUGGGCGUGGUCAUCCUCAUCCACCACUUGGAACACCCUUACCGCGCCCAGACAAAUAUGCCUUGAAGAGGAGUUCAGGAACAUUGCCCAAGCGUAAACCCGUGGCAGCACACACAGUGCCUGAACGCCCCAAGACGGGAGAGCAACAGCUCCCACAAUCACAUUUACCUCGCAGGAAACCCAUGGGCCCUGAAAUGCAGAAUGACCAAGGCACUGAUCAACUGCUCGUGGUGGAGGCACCUCAAGAAUCUGAGCCAAAUAGCCCGGCCCCUGGGGACCCGGAAUCAGACUCUAGUCUGAUAGCCCCGACUCCUGUCGAGAGUGAGACAUCAUCAAAGGCUGAACAGCUUGAGGAUGAUUCUGAAGAGCAAGAAGAGUUGUCUGGAGUUGAAUCGCUGCGCUCUGUUGACCAGGCGCCCUCUUCAACCCCAGGCAGUCAUGAGGCCUUGCCAUCUACUGGAAGGGUGGAAAUACCCUCAUUGUAA